CGCCCGGGGCAAUGUCGGCUUCGGAGCACAUCGGGGUAUGCUUCGGCUACCUCGGUGCCGUGUCGUGCCUUGUGAUGUCGUGUAUAGGCGCCGCGUACGGCUCCGCGCAAGCCGGGCUGGGCCUGUGCCGGGCGGGCUGCAGAGAUCCCAACAUGGUGAUUAAGGGCAUCAUCCCGGUCGCGAUGGCUGGGGUGCGAGGGAUCUACGGACUGGUGUUGAGCAUCAUCAUCAUGUCAGGCAUACGGACGGACGGUACUUACGGGCAGUACAAUGGUUACAUGCACCUGGGAGCGGGUUUGUGCUGCGGCGCGGCGCAGUUCGCCAGCGGUAUCGCGGUGGGGGUUGUCGGCGAGGCUGGGACGCAGGCGACGGUGUUUCAGAGCAAGCUCUUCGCGCCGUUGGUGCUGAUCCUCAUCUUCACCGAGGCGCUGGCGCUCUAUGGGCUCAUCGUGGGGAUGAUCAUGGCGCAGUCGGGGCAGCGAAGGGUGGAGCUUUGAACGCAAAGACGGAACAACGAUAGCAGACUUUUGACAACGGCAGCUUUAGGGACGACUCU